CAACAUUUAUUACUCUCUGUUUCUGCUUUACAAUCUCUCAACAAUGGAGGGGUUUGGGUCAAAAGAUUUGGAAGAUUCUCUCUCUGAAUUCACUCUUGCUGAGGGCUUGUACGGUACAACACAGUAUGACUUUUGUUUGCACAUUGGACAUCAAUGGGCAAGUGCAACACUAAAGAGGAUCCUUACACUUUAAAGGAUAUUAGUUACCAUGUGAUCAUAGAAAUGGGGAAAAUAUUCAAGGAUGUAGGGGAACAAUCACUGGGUCAGGAGUUUUGCCAAGAUAUUGCAAUCAGCUUUAGUCGCUCAGCUAGUCGUAAGGGAAAAUCUGCCAUAACAUGGGAGCAGGUACAAAGUUGGUUCCUGAACAAACAAGAACAGUUGCAAGAUAAAGCUACUCCCUCAUCUGGUGCCCUGAAAUUAUUUGUUGAUCAUUCAGAUGCACCUAUUUCAAGCAAUAUCCCUCAAAGUUCAACUUCUAAAGUUAGAAAGGCCUCAGAUCUUUCAGAGUUGAGGUAUGAAGCUAAAUCGUCGAAAGAUAAUGCAUGGUAUGAUGUUGCUUCGUUCCUCAGUUAUAGGGUUCUUCAUACAGGUGAACUUGAAGUUCGUGUACGAUAUGCUGGCUUUGGUAAGGAGGAUGAUGAAUGGGUGAAUGUUAAAAAUAGAGUGCGAGAGCGGUCUAUUCCUUUAGAAGCCUCUGACUGUCAUAAGGUGAAGGUUGGAGAUCUUGUGCUAUGCUUCCAGGAAAGAGAACAUCAUGCAGUUUACUGUGAUGCCUAUAUUGUUAAAAUCAAAAGGAUGCCACAUGACAAUGACAGUAAGGGCUGCAGGUGCAUCUUUGUUGUCCGCUAUGACCAUGAUCACACUGAGGAAAAAGUUGAGCUUGGGAGGAUAUGUAGCAGGCCAACACAUUAUUCACGGUCCCCUAUGGAUAUUGAAGUAGGGUCUACACAAUAUUAUUCACAGCCCAUCUUUGAAUUACAAGAAGGAAUCAAAUUUCCUUUUUAACUUGUGUACAUCUUUUAUGCGGUUAUGGAACCAAAUGAAUGGGGCGGUGCUAGUGUGGGAGGUUGAUGUGCAUAAUCAUCUAAGACUUUUUGAAUGUUACCUAUUGUAAGCCUAUAUACUAAUAGAAUAGGCAAAUUAACUACUAACCAUAGAACUUU